AUGGACGAAGUGAUUUUUGUUACCGACCCUGCAAGUAUUUUACUGAAUGCUGCAUUUGAAGCUGUAUCUGGAUAUGAGAAUAUUAAUCCAAAGCGCCUCGGAUCUUGUGAAGUCAUCAAGUUAUAUCCGUGUAAACCGUCAAAAGAUGUUUGUUUCGUCCUUGCACGUUUUGAAGGUAAUUGCUACGAACAUCUUCGUUCAUUGGAAGUAUCAAUUUAUGGUCCACAAGUUAUUCUACAUUAUGUAAGAGAGAAUAAAGCUCUGCCGAAUCUCCCUUAUCCUCUGUUUUCGACAGCCCUCAUGAAUGCCACUGCCACUGUAACGUCCGUUACCGGAGUUCAGAGGAAGCAGAUAUUUGACUCGAUACAAAUGCUUCAUGGGACUGUGUCGCGUGACCUGACAGAUAAUGUAAAUGUUGUGGUCACAGCCAAGGUGGGGUCCAAGAAGUAUUUGGUUGGUGCCAGCAGGAAUCUCCAUAUCUUACUUCCUGAGUGGAUCUCCGAGGCUUGGCGGCUUUCAGAGAUUCAAGAUCCUAUCGAUAUGAUGUUACCAAUUUACACGGAGAAGUUCCGUGUCCCAAUAUUUUCACAGCUUGUUAUUUGUGUUUCGGGCUUAUCUGUGGAGGAAAGGAAAGAGGUUGCUGAUUUAGUUACUAAACAUGGCGGAAGUUACUCUGGGGUUAUGAAAAUUGGCGAGACGACACACUUAAUUACACAACAAGCCUCAGGAACAAAAUACGUUCAUGCAAAGAAGUGGAAAAUACAGAUAAUAAAUAUUCAGUGGCUCAUUGAUUCGGUUAAUAGAGGGUAUGCACUGGAUGAGGAAGAAUAUCGAAUAGACCAGUCAAAUGCAAAAUCAUCAACACCAACGUCAAAUACAUCUCAAAAUAGUAUUUCAUUCAGAAAUAUAUCAGCUAUUAGUUAUAUAGGUGAUGUUCAUACAAAAGUUGAUGAAACUAAAACAGAAUUUAGUCGCCUGGAAAGUGUUCAGGUUGGUAAUGCUAAAAACAAUCUUCACAUCCUUUCUGGCUGUGUAAUUAUGCUUUCUGAUUGCAGCAAAGAUGAGAAUCAGUCGUAUACACAGGUCAUCAAAGAACUAGGCGGUAAAUUAUGUACAGAAUUACACGAUCAGGUAACAGAAAAUUUAACCCAUGUUAUCGUUGGAGAUGUUUCUAGUUUCAAUUUUAAGUCAAAAGAAAAGGAUGUUAUGUAUGUCCAAGGGGAAUGGUUGCUUGCAUGUCAGAAUUCUGGUCUUCGUCUUCCAGAAGAUAACUAUUUGAUAAAAGAUGUUGAUAUAGACUGUGAAAAGAUGGAAGAUAACUUAGAUAAUGCUACUGUGACAAACGUGGAUGCAGCUGACCUACAAUUAAUUAACCAGUACUUUGCAGACGGUGGUUUUGCAGAAGCUGAUGAUUUCCAGAAUGACUUCGAUGAGACAAGACAACUAACCAAGGGCAUCAAUGAAAAGUCAACCCAACGUGAGAAUAUAAACGAUGCUAAGCAAACAGAUGUUCCCGAAGUACAUCAAAUUGAUGGUUGCUUCUCUAGGUUUUCAUUCUCUUUUCAUGAAGAGUUGCGUAGUGAAGACGUUUCCAAGUGUUCUAGUGUAAUAACAACAUCGGGUGGUUCAAUAUCGCGUGGUGAGCAAUAUGCCGACUUUGUGGUAACUCCAUUUUUUGUCUUUAAGCUCCCUGUAGUACCAAAGUCCUGCCAAUUUGUUACUACAGCUUGGAUUUCACAUUGUGUACAUGAAAAAAGUCUGUGUAUACAAGACAUUAGCAGAGAAUAUGCGUUUAAACCUAUGAUAAGAAAACCAGAUCCACCACCUUUAUCAGGAUGUGUUAUUUCUCUUAGUGGUUUUGUUGGAAAUGAUAGAAAUUUAUUAACUUCAUACGCACAAGCCUUGGGAGCAGUUGUUCAAGAAUGCUUUCUUCGCAAGUCAGUGGUAUCUAGAAACCUCUCAGCCAGUACUCACUUGGUAGCAGCCAAGCCAGAUGGGCGGAAGUGGCCUGCAGCUAAACAGUGGGGUUUGCCAGCUGUAAAUCGUAUGUGGCUCUAUAAGUGCGCUGAAAUGUGGUCUCUAGUUGAUGAGUCGAAAUUUCUAGUCACUGAUACAACUGAUGCGUCUGAUGGCAGCAACAGUAAAGACACUGCAGUGAAUUCAAAGACUGUUGGCCCACCAGAUAUCAUGCCAGACAGAAAAAGCUUAAAAGAAAUACAAUUCAAUAACCCUACCAAUUUGGAGAGUAAUGAUAGUCUUCGUAAAUCAGUCAGUGGCAAACCUAAUGAGAGUUUCGAAUGCAAUUUAGCUCUCAGCAAUCUAGCUGAAACAAUGCAAACACCUGAUUGGGUUCGCAAUGCCCACGGAAGUCAUAUGCCUAACUCAUCACAUGAUCUUUCAAAUUCUUCUUACAGACCAUCUCCACCUUUGUCUGUUCAAGUGUCUAGAUGCUUGAAAAAUGCAGUCAGAGAAACAUCAGCAUUACCCAAACGAAAAUUGGAGCUUUCAGAUGAUGAAGGGAAUGGACUGUGCCUACAAGGCGUAGUAAUCUGUGUAGCAAAACACUUAAGUUCACGUCAAGUGGAACUGAAUGGAAUUGUAAGAAGAUUAGGCGGAGAUUUUAAAUGGACAUAUAAUUCUCAGAUGUGUACGCAUAUGAUCUCUGAAACCACACCAGAAGAAAUCUGUUGCCCACCGACACCAAUAUCUGGUAUGCUAGCUACACCGGGUACCACAGGUGGUACAACAGGUCAGUCUGUUGUUUACGCUGAUGUUACUGCUGCUAAACAAGAUGGAAAGUUUCUUGUCAGUCCGAAAUGGUUAAUUUCUUGUAUGGAAGCUGGUAAAAGACUACCAGAGAAUGAUUUCCCUCCGACUAGUUUUGACGGGAAAACAUCUGUUAACACAUCUCCUGCAGCAGAACCUAAGGCGAAAACAGCACGAGUUGCUUCAGUGAAUCUUCUUGGAGAUGUUAAUCGUCGUCUUGAAAUGAUGAUUGGUGGUGGUAAUAAGUGUAAAUCCCUUCUGACUAAUAAUAAUUGCCCUCAAAAUGGAACUGCAGACACUGUCAUCAAAGAGAAUGUUCACUCAACAACUAACAAUAACAAUAAUAUUAAUGGUACUGAUCAACAAAUAUUAAAUACUGAUUUAUUAAAUGAAUUUGUACAAGAUCAUGGCUUGGAAAAUGGUGAUUUCAUGAAUUCACCAUUUCCAACUAUUCCUAUAGGUCAACGACGUAUUCGAAGAAAUCCACGUCGUGGAAAAUACUCGAAUUUACCUCAUGCAGAUAUUAAUAAUACUUCUUAUGAUUCAAUGUAUGAUAAUAAUAAUAAUAAUAAUGAUAUGAAUAAUAAUGAUAAUGACAAAAAAAGUUCUGAUGCCAAUGGUAAUAUUGAUUUAAUGCAAGGUGGCCAGAUGAUCACGGUACGAUGGAAGUAUGAUGAUGAUACUCCUGGUAAAACUACUACUAGUACUACUACCACUAAUACUAAUACUAGUGGCAGUACAAAUAAUACUGACGCAUUGACUUUCAAUCCGAACAUUGAAAUACAAAACCUUAACCAGGGUAACUUAUCACACAGACCAGAUAAUUCCUCCGUAUCAAUAAGACCUCCUUUUCAACAACAACCUGUCCCUUCACCACCUAAACCAUCUUAUGUGAUAUCCUUCACUGGUUUACCGUCUGACGAACGAGACCACUAUACAGAGAUUGUAGAAAGAUUAGGCGGUGAAGUUGAUAAUCAAGGUACACUGAGUGAAAAAACCACACACUUGAUUGUUCAUACACCAACAAGAAGUGAAAAAUGUCUUAUAUGUCUUGCUACCGGGAAAUGGAUGUUACACAAAGCCUAUUUAGAUGCAUGUUCACGUGAAUCACGUUGGCUUGAUGAAACUCCCUUUGAAUGGGGUGGUCCUGGUACUGAACCACUUCUGAUGCAACUGUCUCCAUUUCCAUUUCCCGGUGCUAAUGUCAAACUCACACCCCAGCAACAACAAGCUGCACAAAUUAGAGAUUUAGCUAGAUCUGCACGUCGUUGGCGAUUGGCUGGUGGUAAAGCAUUUCAAGGUUGGAAAGUGAUUUUUGGACCUGGUUGUGAUAAAGAAAGCAGUUUCAGGCGUGUUAUUGAAGCUGGCGGUGGAAAGGUAUUGGCAAACAAUCCACCAUUCCCUCUUGCUUCUGAAGUUACACAUGCCUUUUUCAAACCUCGUAAUAACUCCACUACCAAUACUGCUAAUAACAAUAAUGCACUACCUCGUGAAUAUUCAUGGCUACGCAUAGAUUAUUUAUGCGCUUAUUUAAGUACUGGACAAGAGAUUUCUAAGGCGGAUUAUGUGCUUUAA